CAGCGCUAUCAUUAAUAUUUUAAUGUUUACAAAAACACAAAUACAGUCACUGAAGAAAACAAGUUUUCACCGCUCUGGUUUCAGAUGUCCAGGAGGCUACUUGGUAAACAUGAAAGUAAAUCUUGGCUUCCAUAUUUUUAUUCCUUGACUCUAGCUUUGUGUGAUUCACAGUUUACUUGCGUACUUGUAAUAAGAGCCGUGUGCCGGACAUCAUACAGGUGCACGAAUAGAAAGACUGCUUGGAUCCUAAAGGUUUGGUUCGUGUGGAUUAGGUGUAGAUAUCACAAAGAAAAGCAUGAUCAAGAUCUUAAAGAUAACCUGUAAACACACACUCACGGUGUACAAGAACAGCUUCUUACUGCAGCAAAACAAUGUUCUGUAAACUUCUCCAUAAAGCUACUUGUGCAAUAACCAUUAACCUGACAGAGAUGAGAGAUGGAUCAAAAUGUUGUCUAAAUCGGGAAAGUCUGGGGGCUCCAAAGCAAGUUUUAUUUCAGGGGAAAGCCUAGCUUCUUCUAUGCAACGUGUCUUAUCGAUUUAAUUGAUUAUCGUGGCUCAAAAGUCCACACAGUUGAGAGGAUCGCUGUUUUCAGAGUCCAUCCAUUUUCGUUCCUGGUUUUGCCCAUCGUUGUGCAGCUUAGGAGACCGGGCCGGUCGCAGGGCUGAAAGUCUUUGGACCGUGGAGAGCACGGACACUCCACGCCGAAAGGACCGGGCUGGAUUUAAGGUCAGGAGCUUCCACAGUGUGCGUGUUAAACCUGCAGUGAGGGUGGGGCUUGGCUGCCCACGGUCCAGACUCUGGACUCGGAAAUCCCUUCCUGCUCUCCACCUGCCGCCGGGCACAGGUUAACGGAUAAACUUCCUACCUGCUGAACCAACAUCGAGAUCCGUCGAGUGCCCGGAAGAUUCACUUUACCCGAUAAAAGGGCCGUCGGACGAGAACAACAACGACACAGGUGUCGGUAGCGGGACUCAUGUUUCUGAAAGCCGCUGCGAGGUUCAAAGUAACUUCAGGUUUCCACCGUCGAGCAGCUCCACCUUUCUUCUGACCAGAGUUGGCACACGAAGGACUUCAGGGUGCUUUGCGUCGGGUUAGCACCCGGACAUGGACCGGUACAGGUACUUUAUUUUUAACCAGAAGGGCGUGCUCGGCCUCGGUAUCCUCCAGGUGGCUUGUGCUGGUCUCUGUGUGGUCUGCGGGCUCAUGGACGCUGUUUUUCGCAAGGACACUCCGCUGAGUACCACCAGGACGCCGCUGUGGGGAGGACUGAUCAUGGCCUCUCCAGGUGUGCUGGCGCUGUUUGCCUCCCAGAGGAAGAACCCAGUACUGGUGAGUGUGAUGGUGGUGGCCUCAGGCCUGUCUGUUUUGGCUGCAAUCAUCAUAUCAAGUUACUCCUGUCUGACCCUCACCUAUGGGCAGGAGGAUAAAGAGGUCUUCCAUCACCACAACAGUCCUGAAGUGACGUUUGUGCUUCAUCGGAUGGUGAAAGGUGCCAACGCCACCAUCCUGCUAACCUGCGCCAUCAGCCUGGUUUUCUCCUCUGUCAUCGGCUACAUGGGCUGUCGCAGCAUCCCCUUGUGUGCCUGCUAUGAUGCCAGAACUGGACUGGAGAGCCUGGUUCCUCAGUGUGAUCCCGGGGACACGGAGAUGUGCACUUUGCAGACAGGAGGAGACAACAGGCUGUUUAACUCUCCAGCUCAAACGACUCACAAAGACGAUCCAGAAGAAGAGGAGGGUUCCUCCAACCUGCCCCCAUACAGCAGACUGACCUGACACCAUGCCUGUUGGGGACUUCAUACUCCUGCUUGCUUCCUUCUGACUGCAGGUUCAUUAUAUUUAAAGCUAAAGUCUAUGGGUUUACUUCUGAGCACAGGCAGAGGCGGAAUUACAUAAUUCAAGUGAAGCUCAAGAUGCCAAGUCUUGAAAAACAGGACUUUUUACAGAUCUGUUGUGAGACAUGAAUUGUUGCGCUGUGGGAGUUUCUUUUGGUUAAUGGCCUCACAAUUCCACAGUCAGACUCAUUUAAACUUGCCAAAGCCUGAACACCUGUGUGUGCGUCGUGUCAGUACUUUCAUGUUUAAUUCUUUUUACGCUGUGUGAAUGACUUUUGCUCUGACUUAAUAUAUUUGAUAUGUAUGCAUUAAAUACAAAUUGGACUGAA